CUCCUAGCCCCGUCUACCGCCAAGUUUCCAAUUCAGUCUGCGCUCGGAAACUGGUGGGAGCCGAGGCCCGGAAGUCCGACGCUGGUCCGUGGGCGCCUGCGCAGCGCGCGCUCCCGGGAGCUGAACCAGGGCGAGCACAGAGCUGUCAGAUACUAUAGCCAUAUGAAGUUGAACAUGGCAGAAGAAGAGGACUAUAUGUCUGAUUCCUUCAUUAAUGUCCAAGAAGAUAUCAGACCAGGAUUGCCAAUGCUAAGGCAAAUCCGAGAAGCCCGUCGAAAAGAAGAAAAGCAACAGGAAGCUAAUUUGAAAAACAGGCAGAAGAGUUUAAAAGAAGAAGAACAAGAAAGACGUGACAUUGGGUUGAAGAAUGCACUAGGCUGUGAAAACAAAGGGUUUGCCUUGCUCCAAAAGAUGGGCUACAAAAGUGGACAGGCACUUGGCAAGAGUGGGGGUGGUAUUGUUGAACCAAUUCCUCUCAAUAUCAAAACAGGGAAAAGUGGCAUUGGUCACGAGGCAUCAUUAAAACGGAAAGCAGAGGAAAAAUUAGAAAGCUACAGAAAAAAGAUUCACAUGAAAAACCAAGCUGAAGAAAAAGCUGCAGAACAGUUUCGACUGCGACUUAAAAAUAAGCAAGAUGAAAUGAAGCUAGAAGGAGAUCUCAGAAGAAGCCAGCGAGCCUGUCAACAAUUGGAUGCCCAGAAAAAUAUUCAGGUUCCCAGGGAAGCAUGGUACUGGUUGCGGCUUGAAGAGGAGACUGAAGAAGAUGAAGAAGAAAAAGAAGAGGAUGAAGAUGAAUAUAAGAGUGAAGAUUUAAGUGUACUGGAAAAAUUACAAAUAUUGACUAGUUAUUUAAGAGAAGAACAUCUGUAUUGUAUUUGGUGUGGAACAGCCUAUGAAGAUAAAGAAGACCUAUCUUCAAAUUGUCCAGGACCAACUUCUGCAGAUCAUGACUAAGCUCAUUCCCAAUAAAGUGGAAACUUGAAAAAUGUUGUUAUUUCCUAGGGAUAGACAGUUCAGCAGUUAGAAAUCCCGCAUUUUUUAUGCCAGUAAAGAAAGAGGGACUUUAUAUAAUGUUUUGUUCUUUUUGUACUUUAGAAUAUGAGUGUUCACUGACUUGAAAAAAAUAAUGCAAUGCCAUUUCAGAACACAAGUAUCAUAGAGAUGGACAGUUACAAUUUAUUGCUGUAUUUUGAUACCUGAGCGGUUGAAGGACCAACAGGUAACUCUCUUAUUCCCCUUUCACUUUGGAACAAAUUGAGAAAUAAGAAAUGGGAGUCAG